AUCGGCUUAUGUGAUAGUACUUGCCGAGAUAAGUUUUCUUUCUGAACAUUGAACGGUUCGGAAAGUGCAUUUACUGUAUUUUACUUGGUCGAAAAGUGUGAAGAAGUUAAAAAUGAACAAAUUUGUCGCCCUAACUAGAAAGUUUUCUAGCUCAUCGUCUUUAAAUGCAAUUAAGACGGUUACUGUAGUCGGAGGUGGGCUUAUGGGAUCAGGAAUCGCACAAGUUGCAGCUCAAGCAGGUCAAAAUGUAACAAUAGUUGACAUAAAACCAGAGUUACUGGAUAAAGCACAAAAAUCAAUACAAUACAACUUGACAAGAGUCGGAAAGAAGAUGUACAAAGAUGAUUUGGCCAAGAUUGAAAACUUUGUCAAAGAAUCAUAUAAUAGAAUUCAAGUGUCCACAAAACUAGAGGAUGGUGUUAAUGCAGACCUGAUUAUUGAAGCUAUUGUUGAAAAACUUGAUUUUAAACAAGAGCUAUUUAAUAAGCUUGAUCAGUUGGCACCAGAGCAUACUAUACUAGCUACUAACACAUCUUCUAUCUCCAUUAAUGAGAUUGGUGCAGGCAUCAAAAGGAAAGAUAGAUAUGGUGGUCUACAUUUCUUCAACCCAGUCCCAGUAAUGCGUCUUUUAGAAGUGAUCAAAGGUGAUCACAUCUCUGAUGCCACUUAUCAGACAAUGAUGGAGUGGGGCAAGUCGGUCGGCAAGACAUGUAUAACCUGUAAAGAUACACCUGGAUUUGUAGUGAACAGACUAUUGGGACCUUACAGUGCAGAAGCUAUAAGACUAUAUGAGAGAGGUGACGCGACCGCUUCUGACAUAGACACGGCAAUGAAGCUAGGCGCCGGCUUCCCCAUGGGACCUCUAGAACUGGCGGACUUCACCGGCCUCGAUACUAAGAAGUACAUCCUACAGAUCAUGCACCAGAAGACCGGUCUAUCCGUAUUCCAACCUAUUAGUCUUUUGAAUAAAUUAGUGGAGGAAGGAAAAGUUGGAAGAAAGAGUGGAGAGGGUAUUUAUAAAUAUAAAUGAUAGUUGUAAAUUGAAAUGUAAGUUAGGUUGAUUUUUGUAGAUUUACUAGUAAUUAUUGUAAGUAA